AUGGAGGCAGAAGAUCCAGUGGGACGAACCACUACCGGAGGAGAUAGGCAGAGGCUUUGCUGCCUGGCGCAGGAAGAUGGACAUCAGCGAGACGGUAUUAUGGACGGACUCAAAAACGGUGCUGAGAUGGAUCGGCAGCACCCACCGCCGAAUAAGGCGGACCUUAGCCCGGAAUCCCGGUGGCUAAGCGGUCCCGCAUUUUUGAGGCUGCCAGCGAGCAGCUGUCCAGUGCCUGAGGAGGGAACUGAGCGUGGUCCGGAUGCACCUGAUGACGAGGAGAUGCCAAGUGAGUUUGCAUUGGUGGCCACAAAUGAAUUUGUCAUUCCGUUCCAGAGAUUCUCGAGCUUCAGCCGCCUGGUGAGGACCACAGCCUGGGUCUUGAGGUUUGCGCGUUGGUGCCGCAAACAGAGAAGCGAGCUCAAGGAAUACGGACUCACUGCAAAGGAGUGUGAGGCCGCGGAGAACCUGCUGGUAAGGCAGGCCCAAUUGGAAUCGUUUCCCGACGAGAUGAGGUCGUCGAAACGCGGAAAGGAAGUCGCCAGCUCGAGUGAGAUUCGAGGUCUGGCGCCGUACAUGGAUGAACAUGGAGUUCUGCGAGUUUAUGGCAGAAUUGAUGCCGCGCUGUGCAUGCCGUACAGUGCGAGGAGGCCUGUGAUACUGUCACACAGGCACAGUCUUACUGAGAUGAAGGAGGUGAUCUCGUCGUGCAACGAGUGCAAGUUGCAACGAACGCGGCCGAUGCCGCCGAUAAUGGCACCCCUUCCAGAGGAUCAAUUGGAAGCGGGUGGAUGGCCAUUCAAAUAUACUGGAAUGGACUACAUUGGACCACUGCUGGUGACUGUCGCCCGUCACCGAGAGAAGCGUUGGGUCGCCUUGUUCACAUGUUUGACGACAAGGGCGAUUUAUCUGGAGCUGGCGCAUGACCUGUCGACGGAUUCCGCAGUCGUCAAACGCGCCUUCGGACCUCUCUUCGGACCUACUUGUGUGGGGGGAGUCGUUAAAGGCAACUCCAUAUGA